GCUGCCGGCUCGUCCCGCCUCGCCGGCGGCAGCAGGGCCGUGAGUCAAAUGUGUGUGGAAAAAUCGCUGAUGUUCAGAAGUAACACCCCUUACCCUACUGACACCAUUGCUGUGCCUGAUGGACAUGAUCUGUUCUGUGUGCAGCUGGAUGACUCAAAGCUGAACUAUUUCCAACAGCCGCAGGGUAUCAAAGAAUCUGAUUUUUCAAAGUUCACAGAGAAGUAUGCCAAACACUCUUUCUUAGCACCAUCAGAAGUCCAGCCAUCAUUCUCUGCCUUUUACCGGGCUGGAGAUCCAAUCCUAAUCUACUUUGAUUCAUUGUCUGUACUGAGCACGCUUAGACAGCCAGUAAAAAUGGGAGCCAGUGGACUUUGUGCUGAUGGAAAUCCUGCUGGCUUCCUGGACAGUAAAAGCACAAGCUGUACUCGGAUUUUUGCCAACUUGAGCAAGAGCUGCAUUACUGACCCUGUCCUGGAUGCUGCCUCCUACUACCGUGACUUCACUGUGCUAAAGGUCCCAAUUAAUGACACCAUAGUGCAGUCCAUGAAGGUAAAGGUCGCAGCAGUUGCACCUCCUGGAGCUCCCCACAUGAAAGACAACACAUGUAACAAUGUUGUUUCUGAGGUGAUCUACGAGAUAGAAUUCAGUGGCACACAUGGGAUUCAGAGUGUUUCUGUCCGGUUCAAAGUGAGCAACAUCUCUGGGAAUUCAGGAUCAUCUCUACAGCAGCACUUCACUUUGCACUUCUGGACCAGGACUCUUUCUCAUAUGUUGCCUAGAAGUGGAAACCCUGGCUACAUCACUGGAGCACCACUGUUGAUUGCAGACAGUGGUGCCAUGCAGCAUAUGAGCAUUUUGUGGAGUGAAGGUGAUGGAAGUUGCUCACAGUUCCACAGAUACACAGUACAGUUUGGAAGAAAUACGAGGACAGGCUGCAAGCUCAGCCUGUCACCAAUACUGGAAGAAAAUAACUGUAAUUACAUCCAGCAGAAGUUGUACCAUGCUCUUCAGGGAAUGAAAAAAGCGGAGGACCUUGCUAUAACUGGCAGUGCUCACUCAACCCGGGCAGAAGAGUGGACAACCAUUCUGAUUCAGAACUGCAGCGUGCAGGUUGUGAAUUGCACUUCUUGUUGCAUGGUUCCUGUGACCCUGGAGAUACAGAUAUUGUGGUCUAAGGUGGGCCUUCUGUCCAACCCACAAGCUCAAAUACUGGGUGCACGGUACCUUUAUCAGUGUCAGCCCCUGAAGUUCCUAAACACAAGCGUGGUACCUUUAACAACUGUUGUCACCUUCACUGACAUGACAGAAUGGCCCGAACCUCCACGAGGCCAGCCCCAAGUGCACUGGAAACUCCCAUUUGACAUCUUUUUCCCAUUCAAAGUGGCAGUUAAUUUGGAAAGAAGUUACAGAGAUGAUCUGGCUGCCUGUUUUUUGUUGAUUCUAAUAAUAUCUAGUAUUCUCUGCUUUUGAAAAGUCAAAUAGAUGGGGGCCUGUACUUAAAGUUUGGUAAGUUGAUAGAUCUUACUUACAGAUCAUAGACUUAGACACAUAGACACAUAGAUCAUAGAUCUAGACAAAGCCACAUGACCAGCUUUUGUCCUGUGUCCUGUCAUGCCUCUGUUCUCCGUAUGCACUGUCUGCAAACCUCACUGCAGUGAAACACUUGAGGGAUGGAGGGAUCAAGAGACGGUGCGUUAAUGAGGAACAAGGAUGUUAAAAGGAACAUUACAUGUUUCCGGAAACUGAAUGUUUUUUCUAAACCAAGGAGUAUGGAGAGAGGAGCAAGGUUCAUUCAGUCAUCUUGCUGCUGGAGAAGCACCUCAUUUUUCUACCUGAACUAACUGACCACUUAAAAUAUAGGAGCCGUCCCAGGCAGCCUGAAUUACAUGUCUGCCAGUCACCUUUAACCUGUCAGUGUUACGUGACAACCAUCUCUGUGACAGUUUUUGACUCUUAUUUUUCAUGUCUUUUCAAAUACAGAUAUUACAUUGA